CAAUCUGUACAUGGAUUUCCCCACGCAAAUCUGGGCAGGCGCAGUGCUUUCUUAAGCUUGGUUAGCUUUAGCCUCUCUGCAUCAGCUGCUGCUGCGGUGAUUACUGUUUGCUCUGACGGUGACUCUGUUUCUGAUGGAUGGUUUUCCCGUGACAGAGAGGACAAUUCCCAGUCUCGUUUCGCAGGCAAAGCGAGCCAACAUUUCAUUUUUUGGGGGCGGGGGGGACCGAACGAAGCACAACGUGGCGGAAUGCAGAAGCUUGUUGGCCCAGAACAGCGCCGUGUGCGUCGCUGCCCGCGCCACUGGGGCACUCGAACGAGGACUGCGCAAGCAAGCGAGUUGUGCCGACAGCGACACGUCGGGAUCCACGGCGCAGUUAUGGUGGGAGGUGAAUGAGAGGGAGGAGGAGACUUGACAGUGCAGCUUUGUUGUCCUAAUUGGGGCACCUCGGUCUCAGCUCGUUGAUACAACAUCAGUUUCUUUUGGCUUCAGUUUGUCUAUUCGUGAUCAGCCUCAGCUUCCUGACAGUGCAUUCUUGUUGACUGCUCCGUGAAUCGAAAGCUUGGCUCUCAAGUGCGUCUCCUUAAUUGGAGAGCGCUAAUCAAGUGCGUCUCCUUAAUUGCCCUAACGGGACUUUACUUCGUACUGAGUUGCGCCAUGGUAGCACGUAAAAUGCACACGAGACAGCCAUCGCCAUCGAAGCAUCGAUCAAUCAUGCGUUGCGUUUGCAGAAAGUAAAGGAAGGAAGCAUCGUUUUGGGAAGACGACAUGAACCGGCGACAACAAACCAUGUCCGGCCUUCUCUUUCAUGACAUGCCGGAGGUGUCAACGUGCCAGGUGCUGGAAAACCCAGGCACUUAACUUUCUCUUCACCACUCUAUCCUGAUUCCUUUUCUCCUCCGUCUCUCUUGUUCUAUUCCCAGCUGUUUCAUCACUCGCUACCAUGUAGCUGCGGUGUCAAAGAGAAGGUGAUCUCUCACUCGAUGAUGGAAUCUAAUGGUUUUGUGUUUUUUGACUGAGAUGAUCAAAAGCGAAGAUGAAAAUGUUGUAAUGAUACGGUUAAUUUAGUUGGUGGGGAUGGAAGUUGGUUAUGGUCCCAAUCCUUGAAAUAUCAGCGGCAGUAGCAGCAGCAUACAUUUACUACGCAACCUGAGCGACGGGCAUUCUACAUUAAUGGGAGCGGUUGAAUGGGUAGAAGGAGAGGGCAGUCGCAAGGGAACAACGAGACAAGGAGGUGGAUGGAGUGCUUGCGAAUAAAGAAAAAGGGGAAGAGAUCACGAGAGCGGACGAGGGGAAAGGAUUGACGCAGUGAUGGUGGGCGCGCAGUGCAUGUGAAACGACCUUGGAUUCAUAUGCGACUUGGUACGUCGUCUUCACGCUCCCACUGGACGUCCUCCCAAUUCCUCUUCUGCCAUAUGACCAAGCUUGUCGAAGCCCGGCAGCCCGCACCUCCCUUAUCGCCUCCUCCUCUCCCGUCCUCCUGUUGACACCACAUGGAGGCCUACCCCGUGCCGCCGCCUCCUCCUCCUCCUCCUCCGUCAUUGCUGCACCAUGACCACCAAGCUGCCCGUGGCGGCGGCCAAGCCUUUCUCGCCUCCAACGCCGUCGUCCUAAUCGUCGUGCCUCUCCUGUUGCUCAUCCUCGUGGCCGUGGCCGCUCUGCUGCUGGUCAAGGUCUGCCGAGCCAAGGCCAGGAAGAGCAGAAACAUGAGCAGCUGCAACAGCAGCUUCCGGAAAGGCAGUUUCGACCGGAUGCAGAUGCCUGUGUACUCCGCUAAUGGCGGCGCCAACGCCAUCGCCUAUAGCCCAGAUGUGAGGAGUUGCAUCCAUGGGGGAAAGCUGGGGUGUCCGAUGCAGGCCAGGCAGAGGAGAGGGCAGGUGUUCACUUACAGGGAGCUGGAACUGGCCACGGAUGGGUUCGGCGAGAACAAUGUGAUCGGAAACGGUGGAUUUGGGGUGGUGUUCAGAGGAACUCUGUGUGAUGGGACGGUGGCGGCCAUUAAGCUGCUGCGCAGGGAAGACAAGCAAGGGGAGAGAGACUUCAGAACAGAGGUUGAUCUUCUGAGCCGACUGCACUCCGGUUACUUGGUCGGCCUGCUCGGUUACUGCGCCGACCAACAGCAUCGGCUGCUGGUGUUCGAGUACAUGCCCAAUGGCAGCCUGCAACACCACCUCCACCCCACCUCGAGGAAACAGAGCCACAAGCCUCUCGACUGGUGGACGAGGCUUCGGAUCGCACUGGACUGCGCCCGGGCGCUCGAGUUCCUGCACGAGCGCACCGUCCCCGCCGUCAUCCACAGGGAUUUCAAGUGCAGCAACAUCCUUUUGGACCACGACUGCAGGGCCAAGGUGUCGGACUUCGGCAUGGCCAAGGUCGGCUCCGACAAGAUCAAUGGCCAGGUGCUCACCCGAGUGCUGGGGACUACGGGAUACGUCGCGCCGGAGUAUGCGUCGACGGGCAAGUUGACGACGAAGUCGGAUGUUUACAGCUACGGCGUUGUUCUGCUUGAGCUUUUGACAGGGAGAGUGCCGGUGGAUCCUGGGAGGCCUCCCGGGGAGCAUGUCUUAGUCUCAUGGGCUCUUCCUCGGCUGACCAACAGAGAGAAAGUGGUGGAAAUGGUGGAUCCAGCACUGCGUGGACAGUUCUCGAAGAAGGAGCUGAUUCAGGUUGCAGCCAUUGCUGCUGUUUGCGUGCAGUCGGAAGCGGAUUACCGCCCUCUCAUGACGGACGUGGUGCAGUCGCUCAUCCCGCUCGUCAAGAACUCCGUGGCGGCGAGCCCUACCACUCCGUCCAGAGUUCAAGUCUCGGUUGCAAGAUCAUGAUCCAGUGGGAGUUCGCAGCAUCUACCAGCGUAUGGGAUGGGAAGACGGAAGCUGGAUUCGGAAUGGUUACGCCAUUCAAGAUUCGGGAGGUGGAUGUGGGCAAAGACUGCAGGUAUACUGUAGUUGCGUUCAUAAGAUGCUCGACAUCGUGUUGUUCCAGUUAUAUACUUUUUGGCCAUGCUCUGGGCAGCUGCACAUUUCAUCAGAUCAAUCCACGAUAAAUUCUCAGAAAAAGGCAAAAUGAAUUGGAACAUGGAAUUCGCUCUUCGUCUUCA